AUGAAGAUCUUACGAAUCUCGCCGCUAUGCCUUCGCCGUAGCUAUGCCUCUUUCAAGCCGGCUCCGAAGCUUUCAGUCUCGGACUUGAAUGAGUCAACACUUGAGGCCAAAUAUGCUGUACGAGGCAAGAUCCCCAUCAGAGCCGAUGAAUUGCGAAGCAAAAUAAAGGAGCUGAACCAUGGAUUACCGUACGAUCGCAUCAUCAGCGCCAACAUCGGCAAUCCCCAACAAUUGGACCAGAAGCCUUUGUCUUGGUAUAGACAAACAUUGUCCCUUGUACAAUAUCCGACACUCAUCGACAAGAUCAACAAAUUGGACAAAAAUGUUAGAGAUGCUUUGUAUCCACCCGACGUGGUUGAUCGCGCUAAAAAAUUGUUGAAAAGUACUGGUUCCGUUGGUGCGUACUCUCAUUCUCAAGGUGACACUUUGAUACGAGAGUCUGUAGCAGAGUUCAUUCAUCAACGUGACGGAUAUCCUUCCGACCCAAACAAUAUAUUUUUGACCGGCGGUGCAUCAGCUGCUGUUCUGUACUUGAUUCAAGUCUUAUCAUCAGGGACAAAGACUGGCUUCUUGAUCCCAAUACCACAAUACCCAUUGUACACUGCAUCCAUCUCUUUGAACAAAGCUGUGCCAAUUGGAUAUUACUUGGAUGAAGCAAAUGACUGGUCAACUGACCCUAAGCUCAUCCGCAAACUCAUCAAGGAGAACAAAGAGAAAGGUGUCACUCCUAAAUGCUUGGUCGUCAUCAACCCAGGAAACCCUACAGGCUCCAUUCUCACCGAAAAAGACAUCACUGAAAUUCUCGAAAUUGCUGCUGAGCAUGGUUUGGUAGUUAUAGCUGACGAGGUAUACCAGGAAAACGUUUUCGAGGGCCAGUUUACAUCUAUGAAAAAAGUUUUGGCAGGGUUGGUCGAAAAAGAUCCACAAUCAUAUGGUAAUGUUCAGCUUGCUUCUUUGCACUCCACUUCGAAGGGUGUGAGCGGAGAAUGUGGUCAAAGAGGCGGAUACAUCGAGCUCGUUGGUUUCGCAAAGGAAGUCAAAGAGAUCAUUUUCAAAUUAGCUUCAAUUAACCUUUGCCCUGUGGUUACCGGACAAAUCUUAGUUGAGCUAAUGGUCAAUCACCCAAAGAAAGGUUCUCCUUCAUACGACUUAUACAACCACGAGGUAUCUUCCAUACACAAAGAUUUGUUGGAGAGAGCUACACUCUUGUAUGGGUCAUUUCAAAAAAUGACUGAUGUGGAGUGUAACAAGCCCAGAGGUGCCAUGUACCUUUUCCCCAAAUUGAACUUCACUGAAGACAAAUACCCAAAAUUGUUUAAAAAAUGUGAGGAACUCAACUUGACUCCUGAUGAGUUCUACUGUACAGAAUUGUUGGAGCAAACGGGAAUCUGCUCUGUGCCUGGUAAUGGUUUCGGACAAGUUCCUGGCACUUAUCAUCUCAGAACCACAUUCUUGCCUCCUGGAACAGAAUGGAUAGAGUCUUGGUCCAAUUUCCAUAAAGACUUCAUUUCUACCUUUAAACAAAAAUGA